UGUGUCCGGGGCCUGUGUCCUGGCUUUGCUCUCGAGUUUCUCAGUGACUCAGGUUAGUGCCGCCCCGCGCGAGGCUCGGCCCGGACACAAAGGUCAGGAUAUAACCGCUGGGCCUAAGCGAGGCCGAGGCCUGACUGACACCGACUACAACUCGGAUUAACUGGGAUUUUAGCUCCAGACCAGAAACGGUGCAGAUUGUCCCAAACUCCCGUUUGCUGCACCAGUGAAGGGCGGUAAUUGUGGAGUUAAUGUUUGAUUGUAGAGCUGAAGUGACCAGAGACAGAAAUAACAGGUACAGCUUAGAAUGUUGCUGGGACAAUCUCCUACUUGUUGAAGAUUGGUUGGCCACGUGCUGCCAUUAUGGAUGAGCAGCAAGCUCUAAACUCAAUCAUGCAGGAUCUGGCAGUGCUCCACAUGGCCAGCCGUCCCGUCCUGUCCUUACAUGAUGCAGGGAAACCCAAAGCCACUUCCUCCAAUAAUCAGAAUGACAUUCGAGUCAAGUUUGAAUAUCGUGGUGAAAAAAGAAUCCUUCAGUUCCCUCGGCCAGUUCAUUUGGAAGACAUUAGAGUAAAAGCCAAGGUUGCCUUUGGUCAGCCAAUGGGCCUACACUAUACAAAUAAUGAGUUAGUGAUCCCAUUGACCACGCAGGAUGAUUUGGAUAAAGCCAUCGAACUCCUGGAUCGCAGUGUGCACAUGAAGAGCCUGAAGAUUUUGCUGGUGCUUCAGUCAAAUAACCAGUUAACAAACCUCAGCAAUGUGGAAACAUUACCAACGUUGGAUGACUUGGACAAUAGCACAAUUUAUGUGGACAAAGAGAGGAAAACACGGCUUCCACUGAUUGCUGCCCACACGUCAGACAGGAGCUCCCCACCUCCAGGCUACAUUCCAGAUGGACAGCAGCAAGUGGCACGUAAUGGUUCCUACACCAGCAUCAACAGUGAAGGCGAAUUCAUUCCUGAGAGCAUGGACCAGAUGCUGGAUCCUCUGUCGAUGAGCAGCCCUGAGAACUCAGCAUCCGGCAGCUGUCCAUCCCUCGACAGCCCCUUGGACAGUGACAGCUACCCUAAAUCUCGGAUGCCGAGGGCACAAAGUUACCCAGAUAAUCACCAGGAUUACUCAGAUUGUGAUAUUCCAACAUUUGAGAAGAUUGGAAAGGGUGGGACGUACCCAAGGAGGUAUCACAUCUCUUACCAACACCAUGAUUACAGUGACGGUCGUAGAACGUUCCCCAGAGCACGGAGGACUCAUGGAAACACAUUGCGCUCUCCCGUGAGCUUCAGUCCCACUGAGCAUUCAUUAAGCACGAGCAGCGGGAGCAGCAUCUUCACUCCAGAAUAUGAGGAUAACAGGUCAAGGAGAAGAGGAAGUGACAUUGAGAAUCCUACCUUAUCUGUCAUGGACAUCAGCCCUCCUAGCCGCUCUCCGAGAGCUCCUACAAACUGGAGGCUGGGGAAACUUUUGGGCCAGGGAGCCUUUGGCCGCGUAUAUCUGUGCUACGACGCUGACACAGGGAGGGAACUUGCAGUGAAACAAGUUCAGUUUGAUCCCGACAGUCCUGAGGCCAGUAAGGAGGUAAAUGCUCUUGAAUGUGAGAUCCAGCUGUUGAAAAAUCUGCAACACGAACGGAUUGUCCAAUACUACGGCUGCUUGAGGGAUCCUCAAGAAAGAACUCUUUCUAUUUUCAUGGAGUAUAUGCCAGGGGGUUCAAUAAAGGACCAACUGAAGGCUUAUGGGGAGCUUACAGAGAAUGUGACUCGUAAAUAUACUCGGCAGAUCCUGGAAGGAGUUUCCUACCUACACAGUAAUAUGAUUGUUCACAGAGAUAUAAAAGGAGCAAACAUUUUACGGGAUUCUGCUGGCAAUGUAAAGCUGGGAGAUUUUGGUGCCAGCAGAAGACUGCAGACAAUUUGUCUGUCAGGAACAAGCAUGAAAUCGGUCACUGGCACACCCUACUGGAUGAGUCCGGAGGUGAUCAGUGGCGAAGGCUAUGGGAGAAAAGCAGAUAUUUGGAGUGUUGGCUGUACUGUUGUGGAGAUGCUCACUGAGAAGCCCCCUUGGGCUGAGUUUGAAGCCAUGGCCGCCAUAUUCAAGAUUGCUACCCAGCCAACCAACCCUCAGCUGCCACCUCAUGUAUCAGAUCACAGUCGAGACUUUUUGAAAAAGAUUUUUGUAGAGGCCAAACAGAGGCCGUCUGCAGAGGAACUUUUGCGCCACACCUUUGUGCACUAUCACUAGCAACUAACCUCAACAUCUGAUGCAUUUCUUUUCUAUCUGAUUGCACUUUUUUAAUGUAUAAUUUUGGUGGCUCUAGGUGUUUCCUAGGUUGUAAUUUAUACUUAAAUUUGUAUUUAUAAUGAGAUUUUUUGCGUUCUCUCGAAGGGAAUGAUCAGAAGGCUUUUUUACAGUGUAUUCACACAAUACUCUGAUGUCCUUCAGAUAAAGCACUUUAUUACAUACCCUGACCAGUGUGGCAAUGCCUCCACCCCUUGAUUCAAUUAAGCCAAUACUUUGCCUGCUUCCUGCCGAGACGGAGCCUCCUUGAGUCCAUUCAAUAUCAGCACACUCUGUUUUAAUUAUGUAAAAAUAUUCAUGUUUUUUUAAAAUUGGUAUCAGCAAUGUUUGUCUGUUGCAGAACUGCUACCAAAGUCUUAUCGUCAUCUAACAAAGUAACAGCUCUGCAGUUGCAAUGCCGAGGUAGGUACAGAUGACGAUGCGAUUUAUGUAACCACCAUUUCUUACUUGUUCGGUUUCUAGAAAAAGGCCAAAACCAAAAUGUGGGAUGAAGAAUUGAGACGUGGUCCCUUUAAGAUUUUGUGUCAUUCGAGAACAAUAAACCUGUUCUAAUCCCGGCUCCUAUUGUAAUUUACAAGGUUGGGAUUUUGCCAUUUUGUGCAAUGAGCUGUGAGUAAUCUACAUUCUUUUAUAAAUGUUAUUAUCUUAUGACAACUCGGCCCAACAAAUAUUUAGCCUGUUUAUUUGGAUGUGGAGGCUGAGGAACACUGCUUCCACCUCUGUGGCUCUGGCACUAUCCGUUGGCACAUGGAGGUGUAAGAAGUGAGGAAAGGCAUUGGAUUAAGUCCACUGGAAGUGACAUUCCUUAUGUUUUCACUCCUUUCACCUUGCCCACAAGCCUCUUAUUGGUCCCUUAUUUUAAUGUCUGAUUUGUUGUUCUUGGAGUGAUGGGAGUUAUUGUUUUCUGUUUAUGACCUUUUUUGUCAUAUUUGCUGUAUCUCCUCUGAAAGACAGAGAUAUGCUGAUAAAAUGAAGUGUGUACCCAGCAGUGAUGAAUACAUCAUAGCCCAGUGUGAGGGCAGUGGCCUGGGCACAGUUCUUCGCCUACAGGGAGUGGUAGUCCAUUCAUUUGCAAAUAGAGUUUGAAAUACAGGAAGGAGGGAGGAGCCGGCACACACGGAAGGUAAUUGACGAUGUAGAGAAGAGGUUCAGGUUUUCUCUGCAAUGCUGAUACUUUUCUGUUUCCUUUCCUGGUGUCUCAACAACAACAAAUUACAUUUGUACAGCACCUUUCACGUCGGGAGGACGUCCCAAGGUCCUGUCUCAUCAAGUCUCAUCAAACAUUGAAGAUUGUUUUCAGGCCAGGAAGCAAAUGGUUGUUUUUCUCAGGCUUUAGUUCAGCUUUUCGUGUUUGUGAUAAAAUUAUUCAUUUGACCAAAAUCUGGUUGACCCAUUGCAGCUAUUAUCAGAAAACGAAAUAUGUGAAGAAGUUCAUCUGAGAGUGAACACAGUAAAAGGUUUGAGGCGCAUGUUUACUUGAGCCUGUAAAAAUAGUAAUUAUGUUUGAUAUUUUGUUGAGAUAACGGCUUGUAACAGCUUCUUUAGGCUUAUGUUAAUCAUAAUGUCUUAAAUUGUGCCGCUGCUGAAAAUGUUUGUGAGGGGCUUUAAUAUGAAGAUGAUUCUAAGGAAAAAUGUCAAUGGUAUUAAUUAUCCUAGACAUCAAGAAAGAGACAAUCUGAUCCAAUGGGAUGCCCUGAGCUCUCAUCAAGAUUGAUUGCUGAGGACAAAGUCGGUGUGAAUAGCUAGAAGCAGAUCAUUCUUAGAAGUAGCAAUGGGCCUCAUCUCCAAGACGCACUGACUGUACAGCAGACAGUGAUACGGCACAGAAAGAGGCCAUUUGACCUAACCAGUCCUUCCAGAUCUUUUAAAUUCAUUUUCUGCCUUUUUCCACAUACCUUAAUACCCUUACUUCUCAAAUAUCAAUCUCCAUUUCAAACAUAGAAUUGAUUCAGCCUAUACAGUCUCUGGGACACUAUUCCACAACCUUCUGUGGGAAGAAAUAUUUCCUUAUUUUUCCUUUAAUUUUAGUAGCUCAAAUGUUAAGAUUAUUUUAAGAUGAUGUUGCCUUCUUUUGAAUGCCUUGACCAAAAGUUGGCCACUAUCUAGCUUGCCAAUCAUCCAUUGACCCAUCUUUAAGGAAUAUAAUCCAAUUCUACCCAACCUCGCCCUUCAUCCCUGAUGUCACAAUUUAAUUAUUUUCCUGGUUUAUUUUUAUUGAAUACUGUACGUAGCUGCUACAUCAAAGUUACCAUUCAGCUACACCCAUGAUGUUGCCUCUUGAAUGUGCAUUAUUUUCUCGUAGGUACAAUCGACAAGCCCAGACUGGCCUAGGACAGACUUCAUAACCCGGCAUUUUAUUUCUCAGUCUUGUAUUUCGGAGGGUGACAAUUUGCGCAGUAUAGCCACUUGUGUAUUUUCUAAUUAUAAUAAUUUAAUUGUUAAAUUAAAUUAUUAAAUUAUUAAAUUAAAGAUAAAUGAUUAAAUAUACACCGCACAGAAUAUAAAGGGAUUAAGUAAAGGGAAUGAAAGAAAAAUAAGAAAAUGGAAAAUAAAUAAGGUCAUUGAAUUUCAGUAAGAAGGAUUUUCUUCAAAAACUUUCACAACUCUGUCUGUCUCUGUCUGUCUGUCUCGGUCUGUGUUAACUCUCUUGUCUGUCUUUCUUCCUCUCAUGCCAUUAACAAACUGUGUGUCACCAUUGCCUGCUUCCCCAGCAGUGUACUCUGUUUAAUGUUCCCUGUAGAUUUGCCCAGUGGAGACCUGCCACUGUGUUAACUCAUUAACCAUCAACCCCAUGGAUGUGGAUAGAUGACAGGACACUGUCAUUCCUUGCUUUAUUAGGGGCUGAAAAGCCACCUUUAAUUUUUCAUAUUUGUGAUCAAUGAGCUGAGGCUACACCCAGAUUCAAAUUGAAGUGACCCAUUCUCUUCUCUACCCUAACAAUGUGCCUUAGCCCCAUCCAGAGAGGAGCAGUUGUCAAACCAUUUGACAUUUUGAUUUUGUACCAAAUAAUGAUCUGUGUCCUGGUGAUAUUCCAGAAUGGAGGAUUUCAUUAAUCCUCUGGGUUCAGAUACACCUCAGAGAUUCUUACUGCAACGCUGAGUCCAUUGUCAGAUAUUAGCUCUGAUCCUUGUCCCACACAUGGCACCUCUGUCUUGCUAUUAUACUUCUCAAUGUCCUCAAUAUGAGCAAGCAUCGUCGCACCAUGAUUGCUAACAUUUCUACCCUUUCUCAGCAUGUAAAUGAAGAAGACAUGUUCACAGCACAUCUGCUUAUUCCUUUAGUGUCUUUUGUUUGGUUUACAAAUUCCAGGCUCCUACGUAAACCUUUUGCCAUGUUUUGCCUGUAUAGAUAUGUACAACUGUGUACAAUAUGUACUCUUACUAAUUGGUUAAAGUUUGUAUAAGAAAAAAAAUGGCAAAACUGAGACUAGUAAAUUAUUUUUAGAACUAAUGGUUGAACUACCUGUGAAAUAUUUAUCAUAUUAUUGAUCAUCAUUGCGACUUUUUACUCCCAAACUACAUCUAUUGUAGUCUCAGCGAGUGUUGGUUAACUUGCUUUCUCCCAUGGUUAGUUGCAAUGGGUGAUUUAUAGGGUCACAACGUGAACACAUCUGACUUGACUCCCAUACUGUUGAUAAAUGUGAUUGAGACAGUUACCAACCAGACUGCUCGGUGUGUGUGAGAGAGACCCUCCUUCAUUCUGUCUGCUUGGGAGGAAACUGCCCACAGCUGCUAUUGCAAUUUCAGCCUGAGGAAGUACCAUAGAGAGUAUUAGUUAACGGGAUACUAGUGUAACAUAAACCAAAAGAAGUUCCUCUCUCCACCUGCUGUCCUUUUAACAGAACUAACCAGUCUUGCAAUAAGUUGAGAUAAUAACCACAUUAUGGAUCUUUGUUGCUGCUAAUAUGCGCAAUCGAAUAGCAAUGAAAUUGGUUUCAUGGUCGACUUACAGAUGCUUAUAAUAUUCUUCCUCUGUUCAGCCUGUCUGCCCAUUGCAAUGCUGCUGAGCAACACUAGUUUUCCAGGUAACUUGGUAUCAAUUAUAUUUUGUAUGCAACAUUGUUAUCUACAAUUUAGUGAAAUUCAAUGAGAUUCCUGCUGUUGAUAUAUUGUGAAUCCUGUCGCUGUGCAGUCUGAGGCUGAUGGUACCUGCAAAACCAUUUUUAAAUGUUUCUUUUCAUUUAUUCACAUCAAUUCAUUUAAAAUAAUAUGUAAUGUAACUAUUUUAUAAAUUGGUACUUCGAAAUGUUUAAGUUUUGCUUUCAUGUGUCAAGCUCACGAUUUCACUAAUUUAUACAAUUUGCAUUUUUAAAACCGUUGAGUUUAUUAGCACUUUAUUCACCUUUAUUACCCUCCGUUCCACUGCUCAAGUACUUCUCAUUCCUCAUUCAUAGGGCAGGAUAAUUCAGCCACAAUGUCAGAAAUAGUAUGUCCUAGUCCCCUUCAGAUUUUUCUCUUAAAGAAAACAGCUGAAUUUCUAACAAGGUGAUCACAAGAUUGGUUC